AUGGUGCCUAAGCCGAGUGGUAGGCUGGAUGUACCUCUCAUAAUCAAGGGAGUAGAAAUUAAGCCUACGGACUCAAUCAAAUAUCUAGGAGUUUAUCUGGAUACCCACCUCACUGGGGAAGUGCACGUACAGGAGAUGAGAAAGAAGGCUGCAAAACUGGUGGCGGGAUUAAGCUCAAUCGCAGGAUCGACAUGGGGAACGCCCCUGGAUCAGGCUCUUCACCAGAUAUCCGGCGCGUUCAAACAUACGUCACGACAGGCCCUAGAGGUCUGUCUCCAUGUACCACCUGCAGAGCUCACGCUCGCAAAGCUGGCUGAGGAGGCCUGCCUGCGGAUCAUGACCUCACCACUUCGAUCUACGCUUUACCAAAUACGUGGCCAAGCCCACUGUAACGACCCAUACACGUCGCCACUUCAUCGAUUGGAAACAGCCAUCGACCACAAACUGGGGAGUGAUACUAGCCAAUGUAUUGAGACAAUCUACCCCUUUGUAGUGCCACCAUGGUGGGAGCCACCAGAAGCAAGGAUUGACGAUACCCGUGAGGAGGCUAUCAAGGCUAUUGAAGCAAUCUCAGGAACAGAUACAACAAUACAGUUCUUUACCGAUGGGAGCGGCUUUGACAAUGGGAUUGGGGCAGCGGUCUACUCAUCAAUAGGACAGGCUUAUAAGCCAUGGGUGCAGGCCACGAAGGGGUCCCAGGCAACGAGAAAGCAGACAGCUGGCAAAGUUGGCUGCAGUCGAGGCGACACGGCGUACACAGGAGAACGCCCGCAUAGCCAGGAUCAGCGCACCCAAUCAGACUACACCACACGCCGCACGAAUGUCGUAUAUUCCAAAUCAGUCAACUAUCCUUAUGGCAGUGUGUCGCCAGAGGCUACAUGCAGGCUUUGCAAAGAGGUGGAAGGAACAGUGGGAGCAUGCCAACCAUGGACGGCAUCUCUAUCGGAUAAUCAAAGCACCAACGAAGAUGGUGUUGCAGCUGCACGAGGGAUUACGACGGGCUUGGAGUUCAGUGUUAAUCCAACUACAAACAGGUAA